AUGAGUUCACCCUCAAGAAAUAGGUAUUACUAUGUAAAUAAAUUAUAUAGAGCAAGCAGUUAGAAUCAAUAGAUUAUCAAAAGAAACAUCCGAAAAUAUAGUUCCGACUAUAGUGACUCAGAUGUUUCUAAUCCAGAAUCUUAGGUCAAAAAGAGAAUUGUGAAAAUUUGGACAGCUGAAGAAGAUUAAAUGUUAUAGUCUUUUUAUGAAAAAUAUAAGGGCAAUUGGAUUCAAGUGGCAUAAUCUAUACCUAAUAGGAAUCCAUCCUAAUGUUCAUAGAGGUGGAAAAGAAUCAAUCCCGAUAGAGUAUUAUAAUUUGUUGAUUUCAGAUAAGAUCGAGAAGAUAAUGGACAGAAGAAGAAGAUCUUUAAGUUUUACAUUUGAUUAAGAAAUUUGGUAAGAACUGGAAAGCCAUAGAGAGGAACAUGGAUGGAAGAAGUGGAAAAUAAAUUAGAGAAAGAUUUAUUAAUAAACUAGAUUAAACAAUUAAUCAUAAUGCAUUUACUUAAGAAGAGGAUGAUAAAAUUGUUAAGUUAUACUAUUAAAUGGGUCCAAGAUGGAGUGACAUUUCUAAGUUAUUCAAAGGAAGACCUGUAAAUAUUUGAUGAAAUUUAUUAAGGAAAAUAUGAUUAAAAAUCGAUUCUAUUCUCACAUCAAAAAGCACUAUAACAUUUAGUCAAAGAAUCCUGAAAUUGUUGGAGAUGAAAUGAUGCCUUAAAAUCAAUUUCAAAAUACCAAUUCACUUUCAGAUGUACUCUAAGAAUAAGAUUAACAAAUGCAAGGGGAACCCAGAUUAGAUACAAUACGCAGUUAAUUCGAAUAAGAAGGUUCAUUCAUCUCUAAUCUAAUUAAUAGCAAUCAUAUUCUGCUCCCUUAAUUUCAAAGCUUAAUUCAAGGAGGUACUUAUUGAUAUCUAAGUAAGAAUCAUUAAUUUCGAAUGGAGGAUCAUUUUUCAAUAAACAAGAGAUGAAUCACGAACAAAAAUAACUCUAUGGAAUUGACAGUUCUGGAGCAGGUUCUCACGUCUAUUAAGAUAUUUAGAUGCCUCAUUCAGAUAUCUACGAUGAAUUAGAUUCAAGUCUGAAAAAAACACCUUAGUAUCUACGAACUGAUAGUGAAAAUAUAGAGAAAGAAAACUAAUUAAUUGACUAACUUACAAAAAUGAGUAUGGAAUAAGAUUGA